AUGCGCCAGAGUGUCAGUGCCAAAUGCCCCGUCAAAGCCGGUGGCACAGUCACCAUUGAGAUGCACGCGCAACCCGGCGACCGAAACUGCAAGAACGAAGCGAUCGGCGGCUCCCACUACGGCCCCGUAAUCGUCUACCUCAGCAAAGUCGACAACGCCGCCUCAGCCGACGGGUCCUCGGCCUGGUUCAAGAUCUUCGAGAACGGCUGGUCUGCCAAGUCCGGCGCGGGCUCCGGCGACGAUGACAACUGGGGCGUCAAGGAUCUCAACGCCUGCUGCGGCAAGAUGGACGUGCCAAUCAGCAAGGAUCUCGCUGACGGCGACUAUCUCCUACGAGCCGAGGUUAUCGCGUUGCAUACUGCUGGGUCUUCUGGUGGGGCGCAAUUCUACAUGACAUGCUAUCAGAUCUCGAUCUCUGGAGGUACUGGCACGGCCAAACCUUCGACCGUCAGCUUUCCUGGAGCGUACAAGGCGAGUGAUCCCGGUAUUCUGGUGAAUAUUCACAGCAAGCUGUCUGGGUAUGUCGUGCCUGGAGGUGCUGUGGCUUCGAUCGGGACGACGAAGACGGCGGGCUCCGGGUGCGGUAGUGGAUGUGCCUCGACUUGCGAUGCUAGCAAGGGCCCAGUUGGGACGGCGAUUCCGAUCACUGGCGGGGGUAGCGGUGGCACUUCUCCUGGUACUGGGAGUCCGCCGUCGUGUACGGUUGCCAAGUACGCGCAAUGCGGUGGGCAAGGAUGGACAGGAUGUACUACUUGUGCGUCUGGGUCAACCUGUCAGGGAGUGUCGACGCCUUACUACUACCAAUGCGCCUGA